CGCGCACACACACACCAUGUCAUCCCCACGCGCAUUUAUAUAUCUACAUGCAGAGAGGAAGCCCAUCACAAGCUGCAUUGACGAAGGCCUCGCACAGUGGCACGUGUCGAACACACAAAUUCAUCACUGUGAGAACACUCGACCUCCCAUGUGUUCCGGUCCUUUGGAGCGAGGGGGCCAGGAGCCUGCGGGUAGGGAAGCUCCUUAAGCUGCUUCCUCACUUCAAGGACCUCAUGGUGACGAGCGUGGUGGGUGGGGGGACAAUUGACAGACAGACAGACAGGUGGUGUCCCCGAACAGUCAGUCAGUCAGUCAUUAUGCCGCAUUCAUUCAAACAUGCACCCCACGCAAUCUUCUGUCGUAUCAUCACACACAACGCACAUGCACACGCACACACAGACAGGAGGUACAUACGUCCCUCCACCCAUCAAUCAACCAUCACUCGUUUCCGGCCUCCUUGAGGUGUUUGUUGAGGUACUCGAGUGCCUCCGACUCCUCGCCAAAGUCUGUGACAGCAACACAGCUGGCGCCCACCACCUUGCGCGGCAUGCCGUCCUUGUCGAUCUUGCACAGACCCGCCCACUCGCCAAGCUGCUUGCUGUCCUCCACCUUGACCAGCGAUACCGACUUGUCCGAACACAGAGCCUACACUCACACACACAGGAAGGGUGAGCAGCCUCAGAUCUCCCGCGGCUCCCUGCCUCCUUGUCUGUCUGUCUGUCUGUCUGUCUGCCUGUCUGCCUGAGUGCUGCCUGCCUGCCUGCCUGGCUGACCUCGACGAGUUUCUUGACGCUCUCCUCAUCAACGGACUCGGCGAGGAAGACGACUUUGGCGGUUUUUUGCUCGAUGGCGAGUGCGACCUCGUUGAGACCCCUGGCGAGUCCGUCGUUGAUCAUGGCGUUCUUGAUGACCUUCUUGAUGGCGACGUUGAGGUCGGUGAUCUCCUCCUCGGCCUCCUCGACCUCCAUAACGUCCUCAUGCUCGUCGUGGUCAGACAUGAUGUGUCAGAGGCUAUGCAGACUCAGCCGAUAGGCAGAUCUCCC